AUAUAAUGUAGUAUAUGCUGCUUAUCAACUGCAGGUAAUACUAUCAGUCGAGAUUUGGGACGAUGUCAAGAUGGGUGACUUGGAGGAUCUUGGCCUUGCAAUUAGCUGUUUUGAAUUAUGUCAUCCCCUCAAGACCACUCACUCUGUCUGGAGGAACCACUACCACCAAUUCCUCCCAGUUCCCUUAUCAGGCUCUACUCAUCUACACCAACGACCACACUGUCUACCCCCAGUGUAGUGCCAUCAUAGUCAGCAGUUACCAAGUACUCACGUCUGCUAGCUGUCUGAAUCUGUUUCUAAAUUUAGAUUUCAAUAUUUGUUCUAGAAAGACAGUAAAGGACUACUCGCCUUUGUCUGUGGUGGCAGGCUCAGCACAGUUUCUGCCCUCCGAUCCCAGCUUCUACCAUAAUGUCAGCUCUUACUACAACAUAGACCCAGGGUUCAACACCACCACAUUUUAUCACGAUCUCGCAGUCCUAGAGAUCGAAGGACAAUUCACAUUUUCCCCCAGUUUGAAAGCAGUGACUUUGUCUUCAUUACCUCCUGAUAGUACAGACUGUGUUAUCACUAGUUGGUCUAACAACACAAAAUGGCUGCAUUAUGGUUCUUACAGUAAGUGGUUACAAUAUGCUGUUGUAACAAUCGACAGAAACUGUAGUUCCAACACUGAGCAACUAUUCUGUGCUGGCAAUCCUCCUAUCUCAGAUUUUGAUGAUCUUGGGAGUCCAUUAGUAUGUAAUAAUGUCUUGACUGGACUGGUUUCAGCCAUACCAACACCAGGGUUGUUUACAAACAUUACAACUAACUAUCGAUGGAUCAUAAGUGCUGUGAAUACCUCUACCACUUCGAGUCCACCUAUUACAUCAUCCCACACAUUACCGUCAACUAGGAAACCAACUUUAAAAUCCUCUACAGCUACAAAUCCAAAAACUAGUCAACCAAUUACUUUUCAGCCAACACCAACCCAACCAAUAACUACUACUAACUCCACACUAAAACCUACAAUAACAACACAUUUAAUAACAGUACCAUUUAAUGUAACAACAGUUUCAGCAACCACAAUGUCUUCUCUAUCGACUUCUUCAACAACAACUGUACAUCCAAUAACUCAUUUGACUGCUACUCAUUCAAGAACUACCCAACCAAGAGCUACUACUAAUUUCACACAAAAACCUACAAUAACAACACAUUUAACAACAAUUCCAUUUAAUGUAACAACAGUUUCAUCAACCACAACUCCUUCUUUUUUGACUUCUUCGACAACUGUGCGUCCAAUAACUCAUUCAACUGCUACUCCUUCAAGAACCACCCAAUCAAUAACUACUAAUUACACACUAAAACCUAUAAUAACAACAUAUUUUACAACAGUACCUUUUAAUAUAUCAACAAUUUCGUCAACCUCAACUUCUUCUUUAUUGAGUUUUUCAUCAACAACUCCUUUAUUUACUAAACAGUCUACCCAUAAACAACACACUACAAUUGUACCAACAGAAAGUACCACUGAGACAGCCUAUUUCACAUCAUAUAAUCCAUCCAACUCUACAUCAAUGUCAGUAACAUGGCCAAUUACCAAAUCAACUACACCACAACAAACUACAACAAACUCUUAUUCAUCUAUAAAACCAACAGGAUCCACAAGAACUUCGGCAAAAGUUAAAUCAACUAGUACUUCAAGCGAACCUACAGGCUCCAACUUUACUUCACAAGAACCAACAAAAUCAACUCAUUCAUCACAACCACAAUCAGAAUCAUCAUUUACUACUGAGGCACCGACAGCAUUCUAUUCAUCAGUAAAUCCAACAAAAACUCCAAAUACUUCACAAGGACCAACAAGCUCUGAAUAUUCAUCAUUACAAUCUUCAAAAUUUUCAUCUUCCUCUGUUGCACCUAGUAAAACACCAUAUUCAACAGCACAACCGCCAGGUUCCAAGUCAUCAUCCAAAUCAUCAAGUUCACAUCAUACAUCUAUAGAACCUUCAGAUUCUCCAGUUACUUCUGAACUGUCAAGUUCAAUGCAAUCUUCAAUACCGCCAUCAAAGUUUACAGUAACAUCAGAAAAUCCAACCUCGUUGCAUUCAUCAUAUUACACUUCAGAAAUACCUAUUACUUCUGUAGGAUCCACUACUCCACAUUCUGCUAGUUCGCAAACACCCACAGGAUCAAUACGUCCUUCAAUAAUACCUUCACAGUCAACAGCAAAUUCGGCUAAAUCUACUGAAUCACCUCCUACAUCACCAGUACCUACAGGAUCACAGUACUCGUCAGUAAUACCAUCAGAACACUCAUUAACUUCAGAAGCACCCACAAGCUCAUAUUUUACUUCAAAGGAACCAACUAAUCCUUCUUACACUUCUGGGCGACCAACAGGAUCAGUAAUCACUUCUGAAUCGCCACUUACUUCACAAUUGCCUACUGGAUCACCUCAAUCAUCAAUGAUGUCAUCAGCAUCUUCUAUGACUUCAGACUCACCAACAGGAUCAUCCUUUACGUCAGAACUACCUACUGGUUCUUCAUUUACAUCUGAACCUCCCACUGGAUCGUUGCACUCUACAGCAUGGCAUUCUUCGGAGCUACCUAUUCAUUCAUCAAUAUCUUCAGUAGAGCCAACUGGUUCAUUUAGUUCUCAACCUCCUACAGGAUCACCGUACACUUCUGAAUCUCCUCACUCUACUCAAAAGCCUACAGGGUCAGUGCAUUCAUCAGUGGUUCCAUCAGCUUCUCCUAUGACCUCACAAUCACCAACAGUAUCAUCAUUCACUUCAGAGGUACCAACUGGUUCACCAUUUACGUCUGAACCACCUACUGGAUCGUUGCACUCUACUGCGUGGCAUUCUUCUGAGCAACCAAUCCAUUCCUCAAUAUCGUCAGUACAGCCAACUGGAUCACUGCACUCUACUGUGUGGCAUUCUUCUGAGCCACCAAUUCAUUCCUCAAUAUCUUCAGUACAGCCAACUGGUUCAUUUAGUUCUCAGCGCCCUUCAGGAUCACCGUACACGUCUGAGUCACCUCACUCCACUCAAGCGCCUACAGGGUCAGUGCAUUCAUCGGUGGUUCCGUCAGCUUCUCCGAUGACCUCACAAUCACCAACAGGAUCAUCAUUCACUUCUGAGAUACCAACUGGCUCACCAUUUACGUCUGAACCACCUACUGGAUCAUUCCACUCUACUGCGUGGCAUUCAUCGGAGCUACCAAUUCAUUCGUCAAUAUCUUCAGUAGGGCCAACUGGUUCAUCUAGUUCUCAACCUCCUACAGGAUCAUCGUACCCUACAGAGUCACCUCACUCUACUCAAGAGCCUACGGGGUCAGUGCAUUCAUCAGUGGUUCCAUCAGCUUCUCCUAUGACCUCACAAUCACCAACAGGAUCAUCAUUCACUUCUGAGGUACCAACUGGCUCACCAUUUACGUCUGAACCACCUACUGGAUCAUUCCACUCUACUGCGUGGCAUUCUUCGGAGCUACCUAUUCAUUCCUCAAUAUCUUCAGUAGAGCCAACUGGUUCAUUUAGUUCUCAACCUCCUACAGGAUCAUCGUACACUACAGAGUCACCUCACUCUACUCAAGAGCCUACGGGGUCAGUGCAUUCAUCAGUGGUUCCAUCAGCUUCUCCUAUGACCUCACAAUCACCAACAGGAUCAUCAUUCACUUCUGAGGUACCAACUGGCUCACCAUUUACGUCAGAACCACCUACUGGAUCGUUGCACUCUACUGCGUGGCAUUCUUCUGAGCAACCAAUCCAUUCCUCAAUAUCGUCAGUACAGCCAACUGGUUCAUUUAGUUCUCAACGACCUACAGGAUCACCGUACACUUCUAAGUCACCUCACUCUACUCAAGCGCCUACAGGGUCAGUGCAUUCAUCGGUGGUUCCGUCAGCUUCUCCGAUGACCUCACAAUCACCAACAGGAUCAUCAUUCACUUCUGAGGUACCAACUGGCUCACCAUUUACGUCUGAACCACCUACUGGAUCAUUCCACUCUACUGCGUGGCAUUCUUCGGAGCUACCUAUUCAUUCGUCAAUAUCUUCAGUAGAGCCAACUGGUUCAUUUAGUUCUCAACAUCCUACAGGAUCACCGUACACUUCUAAGUCACCUCACUCUACUCAAGCGCCUACAGGGUCAGUGCAUUCAUCGGUGGUUCCGUCAGCUUCUCCGAUGACCUCACAAUCACCAACAGGAUCAUCAUUCACUUCUGAGGUACCAACUGGCUCACCAUUUACGUCUGAACCACCUACUGGAUCAUUCCACUCUACUGCGUGGCAUUCUUCGGAGCUACCUAUUCAUUCGUCAAUAUCUUCAGUAGAGCCAACUGGUUCAUCUAGUUCUCAACCUCCUACAGGAUCAUCGUACACUACAGAGUCACCUCACUCUACUCAAGAGCCUACGGGGUCAGUGCAUUCAUCAGUGGUUCCAUCAGCUUCUCCUAUGACCUCACAAUCACCAACAGGAUCAUCAUUCACUUCUGAGGUACCAACUGGCUCACCAUUUACGUCUGAACCACCUACUGGAUCAUUCCACUCUACUGCGUGGCAUUCUUCGGAGCUACCAAUUCAUUCGUCAAUAUCUUCAGUAGAGCCAACUGGUUCAUCUAGUUCUCAACGACCUACAGGAUCAUCGUACACUACAGAGUCACCUCACUCUACUCAAGAGCCUACAGGGGUCAGUGCAUUCAUCAGUGGUUCCAUCAGCUUCUCCGAUGACCUCACAAUCACCAACAGGAUCAUCAUUCACUUCUGA